ACAGGGCCGGAGCUGCAGAAAUGAGGGACGUGCCCCCGCCCUGUUGCUCCCCAGUUCUCGGCGGGCCUGUCUCUGAGCCGAGGCGGGCGGGGCCAUGCGACGCGGAGUGGUGGUUUUAAAGAGGCAGAUUUGCAGCGAUCGCGUGUUUGCAGGCGAGUGGGUUUCCAGCGGGAGCGGGAGUAGCAGAUGUCGGAGGGAUUUUUCUUUGAGCGGGAGAAAGAUGAGCCUCUUACAGCGAUCUUUCUGCAUUCAUCGGAAAGUGUGCAGACCAGCUAAGCGCUUUAGGCUUUGGUGCGGGGCUCCGGACGGCGUCUGCUCCCUUUUGCCGGGCGUUUGCAAAGGGUUAGCGAGACCGGGCUCCAGCGGCGCCGGCCCGGGUGAUGGACGUGACCGUGAGAGAGACGACGGCGACCGGGAAUUGGGAACAGGGCAUUCUUGGCCUUUAGGAAGGUCACCGUGGUCCUGGCGGCCGUGGGGAAGUGGUUUCAAUGUCCGAAGACAAUUUUUGUCCCUCCUGGAGAGGGUUAGCAAACUGAUCCCGGAACAGAUGUUGUCUAGGGAGUUGUUGGAACUGCGCGAGCAACGGCCGAUGAGCCAGGAACAGGCUGGGAAUGAUAUUCUGAGACAUUGCAGAUUGUCAUGGGUGAAAACUGAAGCGCCAGCGCGAUCCACCGCUAAGGAAGUGCCGUUUAAAACAGAGGACUUGGUGCUGGCCGAGUUUCGCAGGAAGCAUCGCUUGGAAUUGCAGAAGAUGUUCCGACUGGUGGCAGCUGGGGAACUGCACAGUAAGUGGGGGAUGCUCGCCCACCAGGAGAUCCUGGGACAUCUCCCGGGCCAGGUCUUCAGGACAUCAACUGGUUCUGAGUUUGUCCUCAGGAGACCAAGCUUGGAGGAAUUUGUGCUGCUCAUGAAGCGAGGUCCAACCAUUGCCUAUCCAAAAGAUGCUACAACCAUGUUGACGAUGAUGGAUGUUGGUAAUGGGGACUGUGUCUUAGAGUCUGGUUCGGGGUCUGGAGCAAUGACACUUUUCCUCUCUCGAGCAGUGUGGUCUUCUGGACACGUAUAUAGUUUUGAAGUGAGAAAAGAUCACCAUAACCGUGCUAAAGGAAAUUAUCAGUGCUGGCGGAAUGCCUAUGGAAUGGCUCAGGAAAAAGAGUGGCCAAAUAAUGUUGACUUCAUUAAUAAAGACAUUGUUUUUGCUGCUGAUGAUAUCCAGGGAAAGAUAUUCGAUGCUGUUGGUUUGGAUAUGAUAAACCCCCAAGUAGCUUUACCUGUCAUCUACACUCACCUCAAGCAAGGUGGAGUUUGUGCAGUGUAUCUCACAAAUAUUACCCAAGUGAUUGAUCUGCUAGAAGGGAUUCGCACUUCCCGCUUGUCCCUCUCAUGUGAGAAGAUUCUUGAAGUCAUUCACAGGGACUGGUUGGUUGCUCCUGCUUUGCGGAAGGAUGGCAGCAGAGCUCCACGGGUAGAACCACAAUGGAACAUGAGUGCUCUUGAGCAUGAAGAAGGAGAAGAUGCAGGCAAGUUGAAGGAUGAUGAUGAAGAGGAUGGUACUAAACCUUUUUGCACAGUGCCUUAUGUUGCUAGACCUCAUCACGGACAAGUUUCUCACACAGCUUUCCUUGUCAAGCUGAGGAAACUUAAACCUGCCCUUCAGUGAAACCAGGACCCAUGGAAUGAAGAGUUUAAAAACAUCUGAAUUUGCUGGAUAUAUUGUAAAGUUCUAAUCUGUACAUAAAAUUAUAUUUUUUUUGGUAUUUUCUCUUGCUUAUAUUGUGUUUUUACAAAUAUUUUACAGGCAGGAAGGGCAAGAUAGAAAAUUACUUAAACAUAGGAUUCCUAGAAUAAAUUCAUGUCCACAAAAAGAAACAUGUUUGCUGGUGGACAGGUAGUAAAUUACUUUAAAUAGUAACCAUUGAACAAAAAGGAAAAAUGUAAAUUUGAUUAGUAUGAGACCAAAUCAAACCUACCUGUUUCAAUCUAAUAAUCACUGUGCAGCACUAGAAUAUUUUAACCACAUCUGCAAUGAUAGUCAUGAAAAAUGUUUGUAAAGCACAUUUCAUUUCUUUAAGAAUUUCAUACAGGGUCAUAUCUUAAUUUAUAUCAGCAGAGUAUGUUAAUAUAUUCACACUGUAAAAUAACAUCAGUGAUGCAAUUCAGUGUGAGCUUGUAAAGAAAUGAUCCCUUUGAUGAUGGUUAUUAACAGGGAAGUGUCAGUUCUUCACUUUUUCAUUUCCGGUAUGUUUGCAAUAGAAGGAAUCUGAUGAUGUUAAAAGUAGGAUAUCCAUCCUCUCUUCUGCAUAUUACUGUGACAUGAAUCCAACAUUAUUUGCAAUGCAACCUUACUCCUCAUUUCCAUUAAACCAGUCCAUGGAUGGGUCAUAUACACCAGGGUUGUAAUUUCUUCCCCCAUUUUGUUUGGUUUGAUUGUCUAAAAGAGGGGGAAAAUGUUGAAAAUAUAGUUGUGCAUAUAUUAUACAAAACAAAUCACAAAAGAAUGAACUGACAAGAUGCAUGGGGACUGAACCAAACAGAUAAUUGGCAAAUCAUAAACACAACAUUAUGUGGGCUACAGAUGGGGAUAGUUGAUAAAAUUACACAAUAUAAUUCAAGACUCUGCUUGUUAUGGUCCAUGUAAUGUAAUAAUUCAUUUGCUUAUUAUAACAAAGAGAAAAGGGUCCAGCUUUGACAAUGAUUUAACCCUUCACUAAACAAGCAGCCUUCAGAUGUGAAAUUCAUUGUGAAUACCCAUUUAUGACAAUAAAUAUCAUUCUUUUUGCCUCCAG